AUGGCGGUCACCCUAGGGCAAGGGACAGCUGAACGAGUGGGCCUAGAUGCUGGUGGGCCUCAUGGAGGACUCGGGCUGGUACCGACCCCGACGACAGAGGAGAUCGCGGCCAUACGUGGCAAAGUGAAGAUGCCGGGCUACGACAACGUGGUCCAUAAUCCAUGUUUCAUACCAUUGGGCCCAAGCCUAAUAGAGGACGAGAUGGGCCGAGUGCAGCGGGCCGGGGGCGGGCCUGAGCGGGGUUACAAGACGGACGGGCUCGAUCGGACCAGCGGAGCGGAUCAGGCUUUGGUUAUCCGACCAGUCUGGAAUGGUCAAACCAGAACUGGGUGGCCUAAAGGCGGUCGGACAGGAGCUGGGUGGGCCGACGGCGGUCCGGAGCGGGGUGGGCCGACGAGGGUCGGAACGAACCUGAGUUGGGCAGACCGAUAA